GUUGAGCUUGAGAGCAUGAUACGAAUCUCCUUUCUUCCCUUGGCUUUCUUUUCAUAUUUUUCUCUCCACUUUGGUCCAUUGACAACUUCACAACACCUCCAAGAACACCAAAAUUCCUAACUCUUUGUUUUUUCCUCUAAUCCUCUCAUCUCUUCUCAAGAACAUACUUUUCAUACACGUAUCCUCUUAAAAAUUCCAAGAAAACACUUUUCACCCAUAUAUCCACCCAUCCUCAAGAACAACCAUCUCAUUGUUCCCACCAUCUCACAUAAGCAACUAAAUCAUACUGUCGGUAAGUAUAAGAAACAAUGGAAUCAAACUCAAAACGCCAGAGAAUUUCUUAUUCUGUGAAAAGCAAUAGGCAAAUAAAAUAUCAGGGUGGUGUUUCCUCAAGACGCCUGAACAUUUUGAAGGGAGUCAUAGUCCGCGAAAAGGAAGAUAGGAUCAGCAAUUUACCAUGCAAAGUACUUUGUCACAUCCUCUCAUUUCUUCCAACAAAACAUGCAGUGGCAACUUCUGUUUUAUCCACCAAGUGGAAGAAUAUUUGGGCUUUAGUCCCCAUUUUAGACUUUGAGGAUAGCUUAUUGUUACAUGAAGAAAACCUUAUCAAUAAACCAGUAGAAGAUUUGAGAGUGAGCUUCUCAAGUUUUGUGGAUAGAGUGCUCAUUCUACACAAUGCACCACGCCUACAUUGGUUUCGUUUGAAAUGUGCUCAAAAUUAUGAAUCCUCACAUGUCAAUGCAUGGAUUUACCAAGCACUACGGCGUCAUGUACAGAAGCUUCAUCUGUGUGUCCCCACUGUGUACGGUGAUCUUUUUAGAACUGAAUCACUGGUUUACCUAAAACUAGGCACGAACUUUGUGCUCAAUGUUCCUGCUUCUGUACUUUUACCAAGCCUUAAGACUCUCCAUCUGAAGUCAAUUGAAUUUUCAGAUGAUGCUUCGACACAUAAGCUUAUUUCGAGCUGCCCUGUGCUAGAACAAUUAUUUAUAGAGGAAUGUGGAAUGAAAAACAUACGUUGUUUUAACAUUUCUGCCCAUGCACUCAAGUGUUUGGCCAUGGAAUGUGCUAUAUUAGAUAAUGAAUAUGCUACAGAAUUCUGUGGGUAUAAAAUUGUUAUUGAUGCUCCAAAACUUGAAUACCUUAGACUAUAUGGUUAUGUAGCAGAAGGGUAUCAUUUUAAGAAUCUAAAGUCACUAAUUGAAGCUCAAGUGCAUGUGGAUUUAAGCACUCGAAGGAUAGAACAAAGGGACCGUGCUUAUUAUGGUCAAAAAGUGCUGGAGCUAAUCAAAGGUAUUCAUAAUGUCAAGGUCUUGCAUUUAACUGGUGAUUCUAUGGAGGCGCUCAUGUUAUCGGGUAGCAACCUACCUACACUGCAUAAUGUGAGCCAUUUGGAGAUAAAUGUUAACAAACUUGUUGGAUGUAUGUUUUUGCCGGACCUACUCAAAAGCGUGCCUAACAUACGAGCUCUUGACAUUGGAGAGUUUUUGUCGAAGUUUCUAUCGAACCGAAUCAGAAUUGUGCCUAAUGUAGCUCUCGCCUUAAGAGAGUUUCUAUGGAACCGAAUCAAAAGUGUGAUUAACAUACGAGCUCUCGACUUUGGAGAGGGCCUUGGAAGCAAGUGGGGAGUGGCGGAAUACAAGGGCAGUAUUUCCACAAUUAGCCACAACAUUUUUAAGAAAGCCAUAGUCCAAGAAGCCAAAGACAGGGUUUAUCAUAGAGAAAAGGAAGAGAAAGAUGGAAUCAACAGAUUACCGUACAAAGUGCUUUGCCACAUCCUAUCUUUUCUUCCAACAAAAUAUGCGGUGGGGACAUCCAUUUUAUCCACCACGUGGAAGAAUCUUUGGUCUUCAGUACCCAAUUUGGACUUUGAUGAUGAGUUAUUGUUACAUGGAAGAAGGCCUGGCAGUAAAUCAACACAAGAUUUGAGAGUGAGCUUCUCAAGUUUUGUGGAUAGAGUGCUUAAACUACACAACGCACCACGCAUACACAGGUUUCAUUUGAAAUGUGGUCAAGACUAUGAACCCUCACAGGUGAAUGCAUGGAUUUGCAGUGCAGUGUGGGGUAAAGUUCAAGAGCUUGAUCUCUGUUUCCCCAUGAGAAACUCUAAAUACUCUCUAUAUUGUGGCCUUUUUACAUCUGCAUCACUGGUGUACCUUAAACUAGGAACAAAAUUUGUGCUCAAUGUUCCUGCUUCCGUAUUUUUACGUAGUCUCAGGACCCUCCAUCUGAAUUCCAUUGAAUUUUCAGAUGAUGACUCAACUCAUAAGUUAUUUUCUAGCUGCCCUGUGCUAGAAGAACUGUCUAUAGUGAAAUGCGGAAUGAAGAGAAUACGUUGCUUUAAGAUUUCUGCCCCUAUAUUGAAGCGUUUAACCAUUGAAUGUGCUAUAGAAGAUGAAUAUAGUACGGAGUUCUGUGAGUACAAGAUUAUCAUUGAUACUCCAGCCCUUGAGUACUUUAGAUUAUAUGAUUUUGUGGCAGAAGGGUAUGAUUUAAAGAAUCUAAAGUCACUAACUGAAGCUCAAUUGCAUGUUGAAUUAAGCACUCCAAAGUUGGAACAAAAAGGCUAUGCUUACUAUGGUCAAAGACAGCUGGAGCUAAUGAAAGGUAUUUGUAAUGUCAAAAUCUUGCAUUUAACUGGCGAUUAUAUGGAGGUUCUCAAGUUAUCAGAUUGCAACCUGCCUACGUUACAUAAUGUGAGCCAUUUGAAGCUGAGCGUUAACAAACAUGCUGGAUGGCAGUUCUUGCCGGACUUACUCAAAAGCUUGCCUAACCUACUAGCUCUCUUCCUUCCAAUGGGGCUUGUACAUGAGCGGGGAGGAGAUUGCCAGUGGGAUCAACCUGAGUGGGUUCCUCGUUGCUUGUUGUCUUGUCUCAAGAAAAUAUUAAUUUGGCAAUUUCAGGGGCAGAAAGGUGAGUACAAGCUGGUGAAGUAUUUGUUGCAGAAUGCAAGCGUUUUAAGUGUAUUCAGUAUAAAAUCUCAUAAUAAUUUGACUAUAGAAGAAGAAUUGAAGAUUAGUAAGAAGUUGUUGUUGUUGCCAAGGGGCUCAAAGACAUGUCAGGUUGUAUUUUCAUGAUUCUACUUCCUAUUUUGUAUAAAAAUUUAUUAUCAUUGAAACUUUAUAAGGGUAAACAAAUACAAAACAGCACAACGGGGUCAUACAAUUUA